AUGUAUGUCUUUUUGCGAAAGUCAUUAUAUGGUCUUAAGCAGGCACCCCGUGCAUGGUAUAAGCAGUUUGCUGACUAUGUCAUUUCUCUUGGUUUCUCAAAUAGCAAAUGUGAUAACUCAUUGUUUAUUUAUCGCAAGGGGACUGACAUGGCUUAUAUCUUGUUGUAUGUUGAUGAUAUAAUCUUGACUGCUUCUUCUAAUGCUCUCCGUGUGUCUAUAAUGGGUCUUCUUAGCUCGGAAUUUGCUAUGAAAGAUCUUGGUCCGUUGAAUUAUUUUCUUGGCAUUGCCGUGACCCGACAUAAGGGAGGUAUGUUUCUUUCACAGCGCAAGUAUGCCGAACAAAUAAUUGAGCGGGCCGGAAUGGCCUCAUGCAAGUCAUCUCCUACUGCUGUUGACACAAAGGAAAAGGUUAGUGCUACCUAUGAGGAUCCCACUCUUUAUAGGAGUCUUGCCGGGGCUCUACAGUAUCUUACAUUCACCCGACCGGAUAUUUCUUAUGCUGUUCAACAAGUGUGCUUACAUAUGCAUGAUCCGAGAGUUGACCAUAUGCAAGCUCUAAAGCGCAUUAUCCGGUACCUUCAAGGUACGCUUGAUCAUAGCCUCCAUCUCUAUUCAUCUUCAAUAUCAUCUCUUGUAUCUUAUACUGAUGCUGAUUGGGGUGGUUGCCCGGAUACAAGACGUUCUACCUCUGGUUAUUGUGUAUUUUUGGGUGAUAAUUUGAUUUCUUGGUCCUCCAAAAGACAACCUACACUCUCUCGGUCGAGUGCUGAGGCCGAGUAUCGCGGUGUAGCAAAUGCAGUAGCCGAAUCCUGUUGGUUACGAAAUUUGCUAUUGGAGCUACAUUGUCCGAUUCAAAAGGCUACACUUGUUUAUUGUGACAAUGUUAGUGCAAUUUAUUUAUCGAGUAAUCCGGUGCAACAUCAACGUACCAAGCAUAUUGAGAUGGACAUUCACUUUGUACGGGAAAAGGUUGCCCGUGGACAGGUUCGAGUUCUUCAUGUUCCAUCACGAUAUCAAAUCGCGGAUAUUUUUACUAAGGGUCUUCCGCGUGUUCUGUUUGAAGAUUUUCGGGACAGUCUCAGUGUCCGUCAACUUCCCGCUUCGACUGCGGGGGUGUGUUAA